CACCAAAAAAAAAAACUAAACGAACUCACGAACAGUGCAGUUAAUUUGGAAGGAAUUUGUUAGACAGUCUUGCAAAAUGCCUGAUUUAUCAAAAGCUGAAAAGGAAUUUUUGCAACGCAAACAUGAGCAAACCAUGAAAUUGCGUGCUGAAUUCAUAAAACAAUCAAGCAAUCCCUUCCGUCAUGCCACAGGUGAAGGUGGUACUUUGUUCGAUGCCGGUUUGGCUCGCUUUCAGGCCAUGAGAGUGUCCAACUUUGAACACUUUAAACCGACUGGUCACGCUUUUCGCGUUGGCAUGAGUUUGGUUGUGUUACCCAUUAUUGGUUAUGCCUGGGCUUUAAAUAAGGAACGCGAGGGACGUGAACUUCAAUACCGCAAUGGUGAAGUAGCCUACAAAGAUCGUAGAUUCAAAUUCAUCUAAAUUUAUAAAUAUUUAACUGCCUCCCACUGUCGUGUCGUAAAAAGAAUAAGCAGUGAACGAAAGUGCAUUGAAAUUGUAUAGUUUAAUUCUGUUUUAAUAAUAUACUAAUAAUAGUAAACAAUAA